AUGGGUUCGGUCUGCUGCAGAUACGGAGACAACGACGAAGACGCGAAGCUCCAUCGCGUUCCCCUUUUUGACGAAACCCGCUUGCCCAACAAUAGUUCAUCGACUUCUCAGGGCCUAGCAUCGCCUCCUUUCGGUGAUGAUCUGCUGAGAAAAGUGGAAGAAAUGGCGGACGAUAAGAACCAAACCGACCCGAGCAGUGACCUGAAAGCGGCUUCAUUACCUUCGACAAGUCCCAAACCGGACGCUGAUGAGGCCGCGUGUGAAAGGGCAUUUACUACCGUCUCGAUUCAGACCAUUCGAUUUGCAUUGCCUGAAAAGGGCUACGAUACAUCACUCAGCUACCUUGGCGGUGGUACUUAUGGUUCUGUAGCGAAAGCUAAAAUGCGCUCACGUGACGGGACUGAGCGGUUGGUGGCCAUCAAGAAGCUGCACGAACCUUUUCGGGACCAAGCUCAGGCCUGCCGUGUUUACCGAGAACUGCGACUAUUGCAAAUGAUGCGUCACGAUAAUGUGAUUCGCGCCGUGGAUCUGUACACACCAGAUGGGGAAGAAUCCUCUUUUUCCCAAAUAUACGUUGUUACCGAGUAUGCCGGAAAUAGCCUGCUUGCCGUGCUGAAAAGUCAGAAGAUCUCCGGUCGUCGCAUCCUGGAUGCAGAACAUACAAAAUUCAUCACCUAUCAGCUGCUACGUGCCCUCAAAUAUAUCCAUUCCGCUAACGUAAUGCACCGUGACCUAAAGCCGUCAAAUUUGGCCCUGACAGAACAGUGUGACCUCACUGUUCUCGACUUUGGCUUGGCACGCACGCUUGAAAAUACGAAUACAACACUCACCCAAUAUGUCAUGACACGCUGGUAUCGUAGUCCGGAGGUAAUUUAUUGGAAUAUCGAUUCGUACAAUACGCAAGCCGAUAUUUGGAGCGUUGGCUGUAUUGCCGCGGAACUGAUGAAUGGAGAAGCUCUCUUUCCAGGCGAGAACGCAAACGCUCAAUAUGAAAUGAUCAUUAUGUUAUGUGGCAGCCCGGACGAACAACUGAUGCAAAAGAUCGAAGAGAACAACACGGCCAGCAUGCGUGCUGUCUUAGAAAACAGCUAUCGUCAUUACGAACGCGUUGAUUUUCCUCUCGUAAUUCACCCUUACAGACACUUUGGCCCAAGUCCCCCACACUUUGCCGACUUUCUCGAUAAAAUCUUGGUGCUCGACCCGGAGCGGAGGAUGACGGUAGAAGAAGCGCUCAACCAUCCGUAUCUUGCCGAAUUUGCCGAACCCGACGAUGAGCCGGCAGCCGAAGCACCAUUCUCACUCAACGACAGUGAUCGCACCAUCAAUGAAUGGAAAGCCCUCAUCUGGGAAGAGAUCAGGAAUUUUCGGGGAGACGACCAUUCGCCCAGCUUU